AUGGUUCAAAAAGGGGACUGUCCUCCCGAUGAUAAUCUUUUUAGAGGAUUUAUAUCAGCUUUGUACAACACCCUAGAUGCUCCUGUAACCUGGUUCAGAGAAAAAGUUGUUGAACCUAAUCAGAAAAAGUAUCCGUGGUACCAUCAGCAAUACCGCCGUGUUCCGACCAUCGAUCAAUGUUAUAGCGACGAUGUUGUUUGCGACUUCGAAGCCAAUUUGCAAUUCAAGCGUGAUAGAGCUGUGGAUUCCGAAAUCUUGAAUAUUCUCCGUAUGCGUUUUGAAGAUUGUAUGAUGUAUGAAAGCCCAGAUCAACUCACUUGCAAACCUCUGUGGGACAGAUACAAGGACGCUGAAGAAGCUUGGUUCAUUAAGUAUGGUGAUCUUGGUGCGUAUGCUGAUGCAAGGAAGGCAUACAUGAAACAAAAGCAUCGCAUGAUCUGGGAGAGACGUCACGGACCCUUGUCCGAUCAGACCAAGUGA